AUGAAACAUGCAGAUAUUUUGGACCAGUAUGAAAUGAACAUGGCUGAUGGAAAUAUAACACCUGACGUUCUAGAACAUUUAUCUCAAAGAACUACACAGAACCAUAGAGAUGGUAUAUUUGGUGAAGAGUUUAGAAAGAAAGUUAGGGAGAGCGAAGGAAGAGAACCUAUUGUACAUGACCUUGCAAACGAAAGUUUACAAAAUGUCAUAAAAACUUACUUUGCAGACAAUGAACUGAGAAGGGAUGAAUAUUUAAGAAAACUCAAAUGGACAGUACCAGAUGAAAUGUUAGUAUUGAAAAACAUGUUCCUUGACAAAAUAAAACCAACUACAGAAAUAAACGACGCAAGACUGAAAGAUUGGGUAGAAGCUUUCCCAUUCACAAAAGAUAUAGUUGGUAACAUGGAAAGAAAACCAGAAUGGCUACAAAAACAUAUAUUUGGAAACGAGCAUAUUCCAUAUGGACAGGCACUGUUUGAAGAGCUUGAACCGGAAACUCAGGAAAGAGUCAUGCAAACAAUACGCGAAGACUCAAAUACAGACUAUGACAAACUCUUUCUAGGAUAUAGGUUACCUGAGAUGGGCGACCAGAGCCAAAAGGCAAAAAGGACAUGGGAAAUUUGCAACAUACUAGAUGAACAUAGCAAAGAUGCAACAACUUCAAGCAGAGGGCAAUGA